AUGGCCGACUCAGAAUUUGGUGACGAGUCAGAAUAUGGUCCAUCUUCCACCAGGGCAGUCAUCAUGGACGCGGUCCUCGCGCCAUUCCGCGCGCUGGUAUCGAAGUCCGCAUUACGGCUAUACCUGAACACGCUGCUGUUCAUGGGCGCCGCAACGUUCCUAAUUGGCAUCUCCGCAAUUGCCUAUGGGGUCUUCUAUUUCAAAUUCAUUCCCACGGUUGGGCUUGAGCGCGAAGUCCAUCUACAAUUCGGCAAUGGCAAUCCGUGGGGUACAGCACACUUCGACUCGGAAUUUGUGGCUCUGCAGCCCUACGACGUAUCCGUGACGCUCGAGCUGCCACGCACGCCCUCAAACCUCGAUACAGGCAACUUCAUGCUCGACCUCACCCUCUUCUCUUCCCGCCCCGCAUCGGCUCUCCUGCCCGGUCCAAAUAACGCGCCCAUUUCGCAGGCCCGUCGCCCUGCUAUAAUGACCUAUGCUUCGCCGCUGGUGGAUGUUGCCCGAAGAGUAGCGCGUAUGCCGCUGUAUGUUGUUGGCUUGCGCCGGGAGUCGGAGACGCUGGAGGUACCGAUGAUGGAACUGCUUGAGUUUACGAAAGGAACGCAGAAUUUGCCGCAGAGUCUCCGGUUGGAGAUUCAAAGUGACUCAAAGAUGCAAAUUUAUACUGCUCGGGUGGAGUUCCGUGCUAGGCUUACGGGGCUUAGAUGGCUUAUGUAUCGCUGGAAGAUUACUUCUUUUGUUGUCUUCAGCUCUCUGUUCUGGUCUGUCUCUGUGCUCUCUGCUGGCUUGACGUGGCUGGCGAUGACUUGGGUUUUGGGGGCUAUGCCUAAGAAUGAGAUCAAGGAGGAACCGGAAGACUCUAUUAAAGAAGAGUCUGGGGACGGGGAUACUUCCGAUGAAUCUUCCGAUGUCAAAAAGGAGGAGCCGGAGGAGCAUGAAAGAUUGCUUUCUAGUUAUCCGGCCGAUGGUGAUGAGGUUGGGACGGGGUCUGGACUAGAGAGCGUGGAAGCUCGUGGAGUACAGAGACGGCGAAGUCAUUUGACACAAACAGACUGA